AACCUGGGCUCCAUCUCCACCACUCUCCCCAAAGCCAUGGCCAAUGCCCUCUGGGACACCAGGGAUAUUUCCUAUGCAGGAUGUGCCGCACAGGUGUUUUUUUUCUUUUUCUUUGCUACAGCAGAGUUUUCUCUUCUCACCAUCAUGUCCUAUGACCGCUACGUUGCCAUCUGCCAACCCCUGCACUACGGGACCCUCCUGGGCAGCAGAGCUUGUGUCCACAUGGCAGCAGCUGCCUGGGGCACUGGGUUGCUCAAUUCUCUCCUGCACACUGCCAACACAUUUUCCCUACCACUCUGCCAAGGCAAUGCUGUGGACCAGUUCUUCUGUGAAGUCCCUCAGAUCUUCAAGCUCUCCUGCUCAGAUUCCUACCUCAGGGAAGUUGGGCUCCUUGUGGUUAGUGCCUGUUUAGCAAUUGGGUGUUUUGUUUUCAUUCUUUUUUCCUAUGUGCAGAUCUUCAGGGCCGUGCUGAGGAUCCCCUCUGAGCAGGGAUGGCACAAAGCCUUUUCCACGUGCCUCCCUCACCUGGCCGUGUUCUCCCUGUUUAUCAGCACUGCCAUCUUUGCCUACCUGAAGCCCCCCUCCAUCUCCUCCCCAUCUCUGGACCUGGUGGUGUCAUUUCUGUACUCGGUGAUGCCUCCAGCAGUGAACCCCCUCAUC